AUGUCUUUAACAUUUUCCCUUUUAGAUCCUAUUAGGGCCGCUGAACUUGCUAAUAAACACAAGGAUCAUCUUUACGUAAUCACACCUAAAACGACAAUCAUGACACUAUCACAAGAUAAUCGCCUUGUUUAUAUUAUUGAUCUUAGUUCAAGUUUAGCUACAGUUGGAAAUACUCGAGCUGAUAUAUUAUUACACGAAGUUUUUCAAACAGUGUUUAUACAAAAUGUAGUGAUUACAGCGAAUAAUAUCAAUCGCAUUAUUCGAAAGUUACGAUCUGAAUUUCUUACCUUUCAAGAAGAUACUGCACAGUUUAGAAAGUUUAUAAAUAAAAAUAGAGCCAAUAUGGGUUAUAACUUGGAUGUAGGAGGGGACGUGACGUCUUCAGAUAAUAUCAGUGUCUUCAAUACUACUUCCUUUACGAGGCAACCAGAUACAAACUCAUUUUCCCCUUUAAUAAUAGACAAUGAUAAAGAACCUUUCAGAAAUAAAACUGGAACCAUGAAAGAAUCAACUUCUGAUACAAGUCCUACACAUCAGCAAUCUCAGGAUACUUCAUUUUAUUCAUCUACCUCAAAGAAGGAAGUGUGGGGGAUAGGCAAAUCAGGUGCUAAUCUGUCUCGUAUCUUACAUGCUGGUCAUUUUGCCCUGAAAUUAUUGCCUCAGGAGGGUCGUGCACAGCUUAUAUUAAUCACAGACGGUGCUAUGAAAUCAAAUGUCCAUGAUAAUACCUUUGUAAGACAAUUUGCAGAGGAAGACAUUACUUGUCAUAUUAUUCAAAUUGGUUAUUCAAGUAGUUUUAUACCAGGUAGAAACUUUGGUUUUGUUCCAGAUACAGAGAUUCUUCAAUUUUUAGCUCGUGCUACUAAUGGAACCUUUAUGUAUUCUGAAGCAUGUUUAGCAAAAUUACAUACAAAUAUACUUUUGUAUAAUAAUAAUAAUAAUGAUGAUGAUGAUGCUGUGGCGGCUACAAUCACUUCAACAUCACAAAGGUCUUGUGCUGUUGUUCAAUUAGUCGAUCUUGACAAGGCAAAACAUAUAAAAGCACCUAAUCUCUUCCAUAGAAAAUUUUUGUUUCGAGAAACUAUUCUUAUGCGUUCUCUUCAUUCUGAACUAAGAUUACAGACAGAAAAGGACUCACAAGGGCAACUGAAUCGACAUGACUUAUCUGGAAGCAAUUUAACUGAAUCAAAUCAUGAAUUAUCAAAAUAUAGGUUUAAUUAUCCCUGGGAUCCUUACGCACGUCCUCCUGAAGGUGAAUUACGUCUCUUAAAAUAUAGAGAGUAUACACUUCCUUCUGAGUUUUCUCAUUUGAUUGCAGCUAGAGCACGUGAAGGAUUUACAGUUCAGUCUGUCACAUUUGACGAUGGUACAGGCUCAAAGCAUAUUGAUGUUAGUCUUCAAGACAUCGAAGCCUCUGAUCUAUCUUCGAUUCGCAAAGAACGUAUUCAAAUUAUUAUGGUCUUGCGUUGGCAACCUAAUGUUCUGAUUGAAUAUAGAAUCAAGGCCACUUGGCUUCCAACUAUUAUUGGAAAUGCACAUAAUACAUACAAAAGUGAAAAUAUCCUGAUGGCAAGUAAUAUUUUUUCUCGUGGUAAAGCGCCAAGGGCAGAGAUCUUUGUUAGAACUGAUGCCAGUUUUGCUCAUAUGCUGCAGAACUGGGAUAUUUUCAGAAGACGUGCGCAAAUGAUGGGUGUCGUAACGGGGUCUAUCUUCUUUGGUGAAUCCUAUGCUGUAUCUAUUUAUUCGAAAAUAGAAAAACUCAAGAAUUACCUAAUCGAUAUAUUUGAAGGGGAUGAGAUAUUGAAGUCUGUGUUGGGUUUUCCUAACAAAUAUUGGAUGACGAGUUUAUCAGCUGGAAGUAAUGAUGCCAAUACCUCCUAUCUGUCGUCUUCUACUAAUCGACCUGAAUCCUUACUAAACGGUAAUAAUUCUACUACAUCAGAAACUACAACUUCGUCACAACAAAAGUCAGCUUAUAUCGAUGCCUUCAGAGACUUUUGGGAUCGCUUCAAUGCUUCAGAAGCAAGAGCAAGAACAAGGUGUUGGUAUGAUCCAGGAUGUAUUGAUAUUCUCGUGGGUGAUGUAUCGCCUUACAUGACGCCCAAGCUCACGUCAUCUUAUAAUCAAGAAUUUUUAUCAAAUAUAGAAGACGAUAUUAUGUUCAUGAUGAAGAAUAUAGAAGCAGUUAUUGAAGAAUGGUCUGAUUUUGUAUCUGAAGAUGGAACCUAUGUUCGAAUGAUGCACAAACUAAUUUCGAGUCCAGCUUUAAGCACUGAUGAGCACAUGAAGGAUUAUUUUUCGUUGUCACUGACAUAUCCGCCUUCGUUUUGUGAAUUACGAAUAAGACAUGAAUAUGGCCGUCUGAUGACGCUUAGACUUUUAUUUUUUAAUGUGGAAGCACAAGCUCGUAAGAGGGCAAUUGAGCACUUGACUCAAUUAUUGAAAACGGAUAGGAGAACAAAUGACGCUUGUAAUAUGAUCUGUAAGCGUCCAUUUUCUCGUCUCCUCAUGAGAGAUCCUAAACAUUUUGCUGAAUCCUCGUUUUUAACAACUAAGCAAGUAAACUCAGGAGGUAAGAGUCGGUCAAAAACUUGGUAUUUACCUGUAGCAAUGUGGUUAACAAGUGAGUAUAUUGUUCGUGAUUAUCUGAAACGUAUGACGUGGUUAUGGCAAACCAAUAAUUAUCAGGAUGGAUACCAUAGAGAAAAUAAAAUGAUGCCUAUACAUGAUUUAGCAUUCCAAUUUUUAUGUCAAGCUCGUUUAGAUCAGGGUUAUCAAUUAGUUUCUCCUCGUCCAGAUAGUACACAUUUCUAUCAAGAAAUUGAGUUGCCUGGACAUGAAAACAAAGAAGUAUCUCUUUGCGCAUUGCAAUAUUUUAUAUGGAAAGACUCUACGACAGGGAAAAUUACAACUGAAUUAUGGAUGGAGCCGAAUGGUAGUUUUGAUUUUGAUCAAUAUGAAUAUGUUAAAAAAUGGACAUUUGAACAUGAUAAAAAGACAAUCUCUCAAUUAGUUACGUUUGAUCAAAUACAUGCAGUUGGAAGAUCAAAGAGUAUAUCCGAUUUUAAAACGAAAAAGAAGGAAACAAUGUAUAUAAAACCAGAAGCUCCAGAUGAAGAUACAACCCUUAUUUCUCUUCCCCAAUUACUUGAUAUAGCCUCUGUACUAAGAUCAAAUAUGUUUGUAAUUGCUUCUUUUCGACCCCCACAAUACAGAAUGACUUUGCUACCUCAAUUGCAGCAACACAAUCAGCAAAUAAAAUUAAAGACGCUUGUGACACCAACAAUUGAAGAUAUCACAAGUCCAACUACACGUAGUAAGAGGAAUCUAACACAUUCAAAGGCUCAGCGAUAUUUACGUCGUCAUGAAAACACAACGCUUCCUACUGAUUCUUCAUUCACCCCAACUGAUAGUCAUCCUCCUAAGCUAUUUAGUUUUCGACCUGAUACUUUACUCAAUAAGAAUAAGACUAUAAUUGCUAAACUGGACACGAUUUUACAAAACUAUGUAUUAUUGCAUUAUUUUGUUGAAAGAUCAUUAGACUAUAUUUCAAGUGGUGAGAUUUUAAUGUCACAUCAUGAUGUGGGUACGGCCUUCUGGCAAGAGCUUUGUGAUGCAUUAAAGACGGCUACACAGGAUGGUCGAGUUUCAAGCACAGGAUUAAUACCUGAUUUACGCAAAACUCGUUGCUUUGUCAAAAUUUUUGAUCCUCGUUCCUUUAUCAUCAUUCUUUUCCCAAGCUUAGAAUCUGUUUCAACAGGACUAUUAAAAUUGCAACAAGAUGAAAAAUUGAAUUCAAUUUCUAAAGUUGAGAGAUGUCAUUUUCUUGAUAUAUUCAUGUUUGAAUGCGUACGUCAAAAGCCUAUGAAACCUAUAAAGAAUAGUUUAUUAUUUGGAAAUUCUGUUGAGGAAUCAAAUCGUAUUCGAAUUGAGCAUGCUAUUGAGAAUGCAAAUAAGAUUUCCAUCCGACCUGUAGAUUAUCUUAUCCAUGAAUCAGACGGUUUAGGUGUAAUGUUAAGACCUGAAUUAUUUGAGGGACAGUAUCAGUCUUGUCAAAUUGGAGCUCAACUUACGGAUCGAGUGCUUCGUGUUGCACAAGAUGUGACACGAUUUUAUUCAAGAAGCUUCUUAAAGUCUUUUUAUACAUGCUUGUUGAGAGGUUUCAUGGUAGAAGAUAAGGAUUUGAAUAAAGCGUUAGAAGUUUGUAAUGAGUCAUUAAUGGAAAUUGAUAUCACUGAAUUUGUAAAUAUAAUGGUCAUGCAAAAGAAUGAAUCCAUAGAAAGGUAUACGCAAGAAGCUGAAAUUCAGGAAAAAUUCAAUUGUAUCUUUUAUCAAUACUUUGAGUUUGUUCAAACAAAGAGCAAAACAGUUUCCAAUUUAUUUUAUUAUAAACCACCAUUUAUUAGACAUGAAAAGACGAAUCCUCUUCAAGUAAACAUGUCUGAAGAUGAUAGGGUUUCUUUCAUUGUUGAUCUAGUUGCACAUUCACAAGCACCCUUAUUGAUUCGAUUAAAUGCUGUAUACAGAAUGCCUAUAAGUUCCGACAAUCACAGUUCUACUUCUGAAAUUAUUGUUCCUAUUCAUUCAUUACCUACUUCCUACUCGGGUCAAACUAUUGACGGAGAAAAAUUUAAUUUAAAAAGAGAAGGUCUUAUGUUCCAAGACAUGUUUCCUUUGAGACAAGAGGAUACAAGAGUCUAUCUUCAGAUUGUCUGUCUGAAUAUGCCACGUUCUGAUUUGGAUGAUUAUAGUUAUUUAGAUAAUUUAUUCCCAUAUAAUUUGGAGUAA